AUGCCCGUGCGUGGCUUCGUAGGGCCGCAGUACGGGAAUGUGGGAUUCAGGUACGGGUACAUCGGCGUGCAACCAGACCCCAUGCUGAACGCGCCCGAAGCUGUCGCGACGCCUCCGGUCGCGCCGUCAACCCCAUUCCCCAGCGCGAUUCAACCGGAAAUCCAGGUACCAGUGCAAGCCCCGCGUGACCGCAUAGAACCAUUACAGAUGGAGCUGGACACCCCUGCGCGUGCAGACGGCCCUUCGACGGUCGCGGUUCCCGAUGGAUCAGUGCGUGCGGAGAAUGUUGGAGCGGGGAUGAAUGCCAGCGCGCGUGCACAUUCGCCGCCAAUUUGGAACGUGAACUCGCUGUUGCCGGGAAACCCGGACGUCCACAUCCGCACCCCCGCGCAACCGACCGCAGCGGACGAGAACUGUGAAGGUAAACAACCACAGGCGAACGCGCGGAACGCGGUACGAGGAGCGCGUGCAGGUGGUAACGCGGGAAGCGGAAGAGGGACUGGUGCAAGGGGUAACGCGGGAAGAGGAAGAGGUGCAGCUGCGAGAGGGAACGCGGGAAGAGGGACAGGUGAGAGUGCGAGAGGUGCUAGAGGAAGGGGUGGGAGAGCGAACGCGGGACGUGGGACCGGUGUGGGACGGAACGGAGGUAGUGCGAAUGGGCGGAGCGCGCCUGGGGUGUUAGGCAACGGAGGCAGAGAUACCGGUGGUAACGCGACCGGAGGUACCGGGAACGUCCCAGUCAGUAGACCGCAAGUAAGGAGGCGGCGAGUCGAAGUCACGCCUCACACGGCACGCCUCGGAUCGCGAGAGGGUAACGAGGGGGAAAGCGAUGAGGAUGACGAGGAGGACGCUGAAGAUGAGGAAGAUAGUUGGAAUGAAGAUGACGAAAACUACCUCUCUAACUCGUUGUCCGCGCUCAACGGAGGGGAGGAGGAAGACAACGAACGGGUGCGGGGUACGCGAACGGAUUUGGAGGUUCCCAUCGCGGAUUGGAACCGGCUUGGUGUGGACGACACGCCGGCCGCGAAAAGAGAGGUGUGCAUGGGCAUCCUCUACGGUGUCUCUGAUGCCACGCUGAAGAAAUAUCGCGGUUGGGCAAGAGAGUACAAGCUCUUCAUGGCGCACGAGCUGCCGAAGCUGGACGCGAAUAGGUUCGGUGAGGAGGCCGCGUUGGAAAACGCGAACCCCGACGAGAUCGGAGCCGCGCUCGAGCAGGACAUGGGUGGUGACUGGAAGAUGGCGAAGGGCGACGAGCAGUGGUUCCACGGCCCUGAGACGAAUCCGUGGAGGUUACGCAAAUACGUGACCUUCCUCGCGAACGAGACGGUCGCACAGGCGGACAGGAUGGCCACACUCAAGCGGCCCGACAAGACCCUGAAGAAGAGACGCCAGUGCUCCCCUGCAAUGCUGAUGGGGCGUCUCAAGGCUCUGAACAUGCUCAUCAAGCUGGAUGGGGCCAUCUUCAGGAAGCCGGUUCUGAAUCUCCUGCGCGACUUUGCGGAGUGUCGCAUCUGGGUCCGCGUUCAAGUCCGCGACCAGUACAAGCGGUUCAUCGCGGAACACAUGGAUCGCCAUCGGGGCACGGCCGCGGACACGUACAACCCGGACGAGUUCAAGAAGAUGAUGCGGAAAACCAGCAUGGCCGCCAUCGUGAGCAGCUUCACACUAGCCAAGCAACAGUACACGCAGGCAAUGCAUCGCGACCUCUGCAUCAGGACGAUGACGGUCCUCGGUCAUCACACACUAGCUCGCGGGUGCACGAUCCGAAACCUCCAGCUUCCAGACAUGAUGAUGUGGAAGCUGGGCGCAAAAUCCGAGACGGAUCCAGUGCGGAAUGCGUUCGCGUUUGUCUGCGCGUGCAGGACGGGCAAGACAAACAAGGACUUCUCGCUCAACUACAUCUCGGCAGUGAGACACAUUGAUUGGACUCUGUGCGCGGUCGGAGCCACGCUGCUAUGGCUGCACUGGGUGUACGACUUGGUCCCUAUCCUCUACGGGGACAUAGCCCCCCCUCUCGACUUCACGGAACCUUCGACGUGGUACGACCAGUACCUCUUCUUCCCCCUUCGCGCGGGCACCGAGAAGCAGAUACCGCCCACGACUCAUCACGACUGGGCGGCGAAGAUUCUGGGGGACGCGGGAAUCACAUGCUCGCGUGUCGUUCACGCGACUAGAGCUGGAGGGGCUCAGCACGCGGCCGCAGACGGAAUGCCGUCGGAUCAGCUGGCGAGACUGGGGGGGUGGCGCUUCAUCGACGUGAUGACUAAGCACUACCUCACAACUAUUCCGAGGGAGGCCGUGCUCCUGAAGGCUGGCUUCACAGGGGUUGAUGGUGACUACUUUCUGGGUCGCGCAACAGUUCCACCGAGCGAGGCGCUGGAGAAGCUGAUGAAGAAGCACAUCUUCCCAUGGGCCGCCGAGGACAAAGGGCAGAAACAGUGCCAUGAUUACAACAGCAAGAUGGUCAAAGAGAAGAAGCCGGAGAAGCAGGACACCGCGGGUCUAAACAUACUGAAGGAGCUGAAUGGGGAGGCUAGAAUGGCGGAGGUCAGUACCAGGAUGGACGCGCAGAACCAAGUGGCCUGCCUCACUGAGUACCUGACACGUUCACAAGCGGACAACACCAGGUUGGCCGUAGAGCUGGCCGCGGUCCAGAGACGGGUGAAAGAGCUGGAGGGGCUGCUGGAAGAUCGCGACCGGAGGCUGGCUGAGAAGGACGAGCGCGUGAACGACCUGGAAGCCCAGCUGUCGCGUCUCACCGUGAGCAGCUCAGGGCCGACCGCGGAUCCGAGACCGGCAAACACUCCUGGAGCCGCGGCCGCGCCCACCAAUGCCGCAACCCCCACCGACCAGGGGACGCGUAAGAAGCCAGCACAGCCGACCAGGGAUGAGACUAUUCGGGACGCGAUCAUGAAACCAUGGGUGAACGCGACCAAGCCGUCGGACGGAUGGAAGCUGUACAAGUCCACGCACGCGCUGGUAGGCGAGAGUCCAGAGUCGCUACUGGCCCAACCCCGUGGUGCAGUUACGCGAAUGGCCGAGCUCAUGGGGAAGGAGAAGGGCGGCCAGAACGCCGCCCAGAACGCGAUAAACCGUGUGAAGCGAGUCAUGGACUUCAUCUCCCGUAGGGUGGAGCAGGGAGACAACAUCGCGGUCGUGCUCGAGAAACUCGACCUCGUGUCCCGAUCUGUGGGCAUGUCGGGUGUGUCGGAAGGGAUCGCGGUGAAGAAGAGUGUUGACUCGUCGCUGAGCGAGCUGAAGAAGGGUACCCCUGCGGAGGUGCAGUUGCGGGUUAAAUGGAUGCUUGUACGCGACCGCCUCAUCGAUGCCUCGCUUCCCGCGUCUGAGUUUCCGGUCGCGUGGCUUCAGUACUGUGACCAGAUGCCUCCGCUAGCUUAG